CCAAUCUACGUUAGUUUGGGCCAUCACCGCUGUCGACGAAGACAGUGAUUGCAUCACUGUUGUCGACGAAGACAGUGAUUGCAUCACCGCUUUCGACGAAGACAGUGAUUGCAUCACCGCUGUCGACGAAGACAGUGAUUGCAUCACUGCAGUACACGGCCGCGGUGAAGGCCUGACCUGCGUCGAAACUUGAAACAAACGUAACUUUGUGCUCGGUUAUCCGAUCGUAGCAAAAUUUUUUUUGAUUCCGCAUAAUUUUUCGAGAUCUUGCAAGUCGCAAAUGGCCAUAGGAGGUUUGGUCCCGCCUUCGUCUCGAAAAUAUGUCGUUUGCUACCCCGAACGAGCCUUUUUUCGAUUUCGUCAAACUUUGAAUGACCAUAACUUUGUGCUCCACAAUCCGAAAAUCAUGAAUUUUUUUUUGAUUUCGCAUAAAUUUUUAAGGACUAAAAUAUUUAGUAGGAGAGAAUUUUCAAAAAAUGAAUUAUUUAUGGAUAUAAGGGGUUUUGGGAAUAACUUUACCUUCCUUUUCAGGAAUCCAAGUACAUUCCGAAAAUAUGUCUAUGAUAAAAAUUGUAGUCCUUAAAAUGUUAUGCGAAAUAAAAAAAAAUCAUGAUUUUCGGAUUGUGGAGCACAAAGUUAUGGUCAUUCAAAGUUUGACGAAAUCGAAAAAAGGCUCGUUCGGGGUAGCAAACGACAUAUUUUCGAGACGAAGGCGGGACCAAACCGCCUAUGGCCAUUUGUGGCUUGCAAGAUCUCGAAAAAUUAUGCGGAAUAAAAAAAAAUUGCUACGAUCGGAUAACCGAGCACAAAGUUACGUUUGUUUAAAGUUUCGAUGCAGGUCAGGCCUUCACCGCGGCCGUGUACUGCAGUGAUGCAAUCACUGUCUUCGUCGACAGCGGUGAUGCAAUCACUGUCUUCGUCGACAACAGUGAUGCAAUCACUGUCUUCGUCGACAACAGUGAUGCAAUCACUGUCUUCGUCGACAGCGGUGAUGGCUCAAACUAACGUAGAUUGGGAAUUAUUUUCAUAACGUGUGUAUUUUGAGAAUUUUUUUUAAAAACAUGUGUAACUUGGGAUUUUUUCCACAUUUGCGGGGGUAUAUUAUAUUUGACCAAUGUCUGAGUUGCUGGUUAUAAAAUUGAACAAAGCUAGCUCUUCCCUACACAAUCUGAGAGGACUUGGAAGAAGAAGACGAGCAAGGAGUAAGAAGAGUCCUAGUUGCUCUUUGGUUCUCCUUUUCGUUGCUGGUCUUAACUUGUCGUCUUUUGUCUUUCCAAGUUAUGUGGCGUAGUUUGGUUGCUGGCUCCUGAGAUCAUCAUUAUAUUAUUAAUCAUUGGGCUUGAGGUAAGGUUGUAACUUUCUUGUCAAGUUGGCCUCUCCAUGUUCAUGGCGUUUUGUAGUGAUGAUUUGAUGGGCGGGGAGGUGUGGGCCCGACAUGGCUGCUAUCAGAUGUGUUUAUGACUGAUCAGCAUCUUCUUCUGCUCCCUACUUCUAUUGCCAUCACAAUUCACAAUCUUUAUCAUGACUGCAAACUGGAAAGAGACUGAUAACAAUUGAUGAGUUGUUCUAGCUUGCUAUCUUCAUCUAAAAGUAAUACUACACUGUGAUCCUCAGUUCCUCCCUUCCAACAUCCACGUUACAGUCUCUUCUAUAUAUUCUUGCUGUUAUUAUGAUAAGACAAAGUGGGAAAUUUUGAUUGUUCCUUGUGAUCAGUUGUCAUUAGUCACCAGGCAUAUUCCUCUCAUCAUAAUAACCGCAAAAUUGUCGUUGCAUCAGAUUCUCUGUUGUUGUCCUUUGCUCCUAUUGAUUCCUUUCAUAUUCCUUAGUAGUGGGGGAUGCAUAUACAUAUGCUACGGUCAUAGUUGUGGAGGAGAUUGAGAUAGUUGGGUGCAAAGAGAAAAGUGGAGCUUGUUCCACUGCUGGGAGAGGCUGAUCUUCUCCACUGCUAAGGAAGAAAAGGGAUGGCAUCAGCAGCAGCAGAAGAAGAGUAUACAGUGCCACUGUUGAAGAAGCAGUACUAUGAGAAUUGUCCCGGUUGCAAGGUUGAUGAACAGAAAGAGUUGAAGAGAGGAUGGCCCAUCCGGGAGUUCCUUUCAAUUUGGACGGUUGUUCUUUGCACAGCUCUCCCGAUAUCAUCUCUCUUUCCCUAUCUCUAUUUCAUGAUUAGGGACUUCAAUGUUGCAGAAAAAGAAGAAGACAUCGGUUACUAUGCUGGUUAUGUUGGAUCCUCAUUUAUGUUUGGCAGAGCUUUGACUUCUGUUCUCUGGGGAAUGGUGGCUGAUCGCUACGGUAGAAAGCCUGUUAUACUCUUUGGGACUUCAUCAGUGGUUAUUUUGAACACUAUCUUCGGACUCAGUGUAAACUUUUGGAUGGCUGUUAUCACGAGAUUCCUACUCGGGUGCUUGAAUGGUUUACUUGGUCCUAUAAAGGCAUAUGCAACUGAAAUUUUCAGACAUGAACAUCAAGCCUUGGGUUUGUCAACGAUCACCACAGCGUGGGGUAUAGGAUUGAUUAUUGGUCCAGCUCUAGGAGGUUUCCUGGCCCAGCCAGCUGAUAAAUAUCCAACUCUGUUCUCCAAGGAUUCUUUAUUUGGGAGAUUUCCCUACUUCUUGCCUUCUCUGGCUAUAUCAAUUAUUGCUGUUGGAGUAACGAUUGCUUCUUUCUGGCUCCCGGAAACAUUGCAUAACCAUAACGAAAAGAGGGCAGCAUCUGAAGACUCCUAUGAUGCUUUGGAGACUGCAUCUGGUGAUGGUGGGUUGAAGGAAGACGAUGGGAACACAGUAGCGAUUAUCAAACAGAAGAAGCAACCAGCAAGCCUUCUUAGAAAUUGGCCUCUGAUGUCAUCUAUCAUGGUCUACUGCAUCUUCUCACUUCAUGAUAUGGCUUAUACAGAGAUAUUUUCGUUAUGGGCAGUGAGUCCCAGAAAGCUCGGCGGACUUGGAUACUCAACGCAGAAUGUUGGUGAAAUUCUGGCAGUGUCAGGCUUUGGACUGCUUGUGUUCCAACUCGCUCUAUAUCCAUAUGCGGAGAGACUUCUCGGACCUGUAAUGGUGAGCCGCCUUGCUGGGUUAUUAUCCAUUCCAUUGUUGGCAAGUUACCCUUUUCUGUCGAAGUUGUCGGGCUUCAGUCUCGGUGUGCUGAUAAACUGCGCAUCUGUAUUGAAGAAUCUCCUAUCUGUAUCAAUUGUCACCGGCUUGUUCAUGCUGCAAAACAAUGCAGUGGAGCAGCACCAGAGAGGAGCUGCGAAUGGGAUAGCAAUGACAGCAAUGUCUCUGUUUAAAGCAGCUGGUCCUGCUGGUGGGGGUUCUCUGUUUUCUUGGGCAGAAACGCGUCAGGAUGCAGCCUUCCUUCCAGGUAACCAAAUGGUGUUCUUCGUGCUGAACCUGGUGCUGGCAAUUGGGGUGGUGUUCACUUUCAAGCCAUUCCUAGCCCAGCCCCGAGGUCGAACAGCAGCAACACAAUGACCUAGCUGCUGCUGUACUCUCCUAGACUCCCCUACUACACAUCAGUUUUUUAGCAAAUCUCAAUUCUGGCUUGUCUCCAUAAGGCCUACUUCAAAGGGAAGUGAACUCCAAGCCAAGGCUUCUUGCCCGGAAGGCCAUAUUUUGGUUUGGUUUGGUUGAUUGCAAAUGUAAUGUAAAGCAAUCAAAUAAGCUCGGAGAGAGGAGUGAUAGAGAGGACUGAUCUCGUUUUUCCCCCAAUAGGGAAAAAGGAACAGGUUUAGCAUUCAUGCUAUUUGUUGUUUCAUCCUCCUUUGUAACAGAAUCUCUUCCAGCAAACUACAUUGCUUUCAUUCUCUUCUUUGCUCGGAACUAGUGUGGGUUCCGAGGCUAAGCAAGUAGAUGAUAAGAUGCAGUGCCAGAGAAGCAGAUAAAGAGGCUUGUGAAUCUGCAAUCCUGCUAAUGAAUACUUUCUUCAGUUUCUGCCAAAAAAGAAAACAAAUGUGCUCCUACUCCUUCUAAAAAGUCCCGCCCAACCUCCGACCUUCCUUGACUCGCACUCAAAACGACUAUCAGUAUGAAGCCCAAGGAUGCAAAGCGGGGAAAACGCCCCGCACCUCUCGGAGGAGAGUCCAUCUGAAAUACAGAGAAUGGGCCGGCCAUCUGGCUUGGUCCGGCCCAAGACAGUUAAUCUGAAUUGUCAUCGGAUUGCAAUUGCAUGACUAUGAGCAGGAUCGAGGUAGGUAUCUCGAUAUCAGUACUCGAUCUGUGACAUGUUAGAUUCAAGUCGGGGCCAGAAUGACUAUGUAAUUUAAAGAAAAUAUUAGGAAUAUUAAUUUUUCAAUAAAAAAACUAAGAAACAAACUAUACUAUAUAGUAAAUGCAAUUAAAUUGUUAGAUACACUAAGGUACUCACCUUUACCUAUUUACAAUUUUCAGUGUAGUUAAAAUAUGAGAGAAUCAGGGUUGUUACGCUGGCCGGCGUGCCACCGGUUGUACCUGGUUCAACCUGUAGCGGUCAUAAAACCGGCGUGACACCAUCGGUAUGAUCGGCAUGAUCGAUAUACGAAUCUCUAAGUAAAAUAUCCUUAUUUUAGUGACUUUAAUUGUUAAAAAUUAUUUUAUUAUUUAUUUUGUGAGUAUGAAUGUUAAAUAUUGAUGUUAUUUGUUGGAUUCAAGUAUAAAUGUUUAGGUAUUGGCGUUAAAUGUCAUGUUUAAAAUGAGUAUUUAUAAUUUUAUUUGUAAUAUUGACCGGCAUGAACCAGCACAAACUGGUAUGUGCCACCGGUCGAACCAUUCAACUUGCUAAACCGACACACUGGCAUAAACCGGUUUGACAACCUUGGAGAGAAUAAAAAGUAAAUUGCUAAGUAAUCUGAGUAAAAGUAUAUGUAAUUUAGACAAGAACAGAUAAAGAAUGAGGAGGGUC